AUAGUACAAUAUUGUAAGAGUUAAUCCUUUGUCCGUUGCAACAAAUAGUGAUCAGAUGCUUGUGAUUUUCAAAAUUUAUCUAGCUAUUCUGACUUUCAUUUUACAAGAAAAUGAUGAAAACGCCAAUCACCUCAAUUAAUUCUACCUUGUGCUGUUAUGUAAAUAGAAGGCAGAAAAAGCCCGAUUGAGUUAUGUAUUGUCAAGAUUGUCAACCUGGCAAUCAGCCUGUUCACCAAAUGCCAAGCAAUCCAGGCAUUUCACCCACGACACGACUGUCACAUUGGAUCGUGUUAUCAACAUUAUCUAAUGUCACGUAACUCUGGGACUUCCGUGAACUGUAUCCAGGAUUAACUAUUCGCGAUAGGUCUAAAAAAUGAAUCUACAUUCGAGCUGUGAGAUCGAUAGAUCGAUACCACCUGCGAUUGUUGAGUUUGUUGAGAGGGUGCGAUUUCAUGAUCCGCAUGACAGAGAAUGCAUAUGGACCACGGAUUGACUGAGUACUAUUAACUUUCAUCAUCGAGUCAGCACCUGCCUUAGUCACCACUGAUAUUCGUUGGAUUGGCGGGUCGGUCUUCAGUCAACGCGAACAAACCCAUGGUCUCAUUAACGAGGAAUACUUUAAUCGGAACACAAUGACAAAAACGAUCUUAGUUUUUGUGCCGAAGGAAUUUCACAAGGAAAUGGUGGGAUUUACCUAUGGCAAAGUUGUUUACGACACUGCUAAUGAAACGAAAAAAUUUUUUAUCUUUGGCGUGAGAAAGGUGAAUUCCAGUAACGCAGUGAAAUCUAAUAAUGAUUUAAUUGGAUACUUUUCUAGUAUAAACAAUGUCUACGGCCAUCUAGAUAGAACAUUGCCUGACUGGAUCAACAUUUACUUAUGCCAGCCUGCUAAAUCAAAUUCUAUUAACUAUGAGUAUUGCAUUCGUGAUGUGGUCAUAGACAAUCGAAAAAUUUCACCAUUGUCUCAUCAUACUGUGAUUAUAGUUUACGAUCGAAUGGCAUUACUGCGAGCUGAAUUAUUGAUAAACAAAGCUCCAUUUGGGGAUCAUUUUCAAGAGCUUAAAAAACUACUACAGAAGAGAUCAAUUGAAGAUGAGAUACAAAAAAAAUCUAAAUUUAGUUUAAUAACGGAAAUUUUACUUACUUAUCACGCAUUGUUUCUUCUAUACCCUAUCCAAUUUCUCUGCAAAAUCACUCACGAGUUACUACCCAUAUUAAAGUACUCUACUUUGGGCUUGCACUUGCAUAGUUGUUUGAAGAAUGCUAAGUGGACUCUGACUACAAUUAUACAAAGAAAAAGAAUCACUCUGAAAACUGUAAAUUACAUACUGGCAAUGAUGCUAGAUAUUUCACUUGGAGUUCUACUCUUACAAUUUUUGCUAGAAUACAUUGGCCAAGUACCACCUUCACAUAUGCUGCUCAACAAUGCAGAGAGGGUAGUUGACUCGCUUAGAGGUUUGGUAAAUUGGUUGAUGGGAGCACCAGCAGGUUUGAAAUUGAAUCAUUCGUUCAAUGGAAUGCUGGGUCGCUUCUUUUUGUACCACAUCAACUUAUGGUGGACUUUUUUACUGGUUACCAGACCUGUCCUUGAAUUUGCGUUCAAAGUGCUGCUUCUUUGUGGGAGAUUAGGGGUCACAUUUCAAAUAGCAAUUGUUGCCGACCUUUUAGCUCUUGUAAGUUUUCAUACUUACUGCAUCUACGUUUAUGCAGCCAGAUUAUUUAAUAUGCAAUUACGAGGUCUUACAGCUCUAUUUCAUUUGUUUCUUGGCAAAAAAAGGAACCCAUUGCGGAAAAGGGUGGACUCAUGCCAAUAUCAGGCAGAUCAACUGUUUGUUGGAACAUUACUCUUCACUAUCUUAUUGUUCCUAAUGCCAACCACAUGGGUUUAUUACACUGUUUUUACUUCUCUACGAUUGAUGCUGAUUGGACUAGGUGGAUUUCUUACAAGGUUACGAUUCUAUUUGCAAAUUUUGCCAGUUUACGCUUUUUUGAAAUGGCUGGUGCGUUCUCCAGUUACCAGCAGUACCAUAAAUAUGAAAAUGUACCUGAGAAAUGUGGAAGGCCCAACAACUCUUAUAGUAUCUACAGUGGUAUCCCCGUGGGGUGAAACUUGGAAACGUUGUAUUCCAGAUACAAUGAAUCCGCAUCCGCCUGUCGAGUGGACAAAAAUUGUAAACAAUUUAUUUUGGGGUCAGCUACUGUACCCACUGUAAAUAUUUUGUAAUAUAUUUAAAAAUAGCUACGGUAGAUUUUUUUUCAAAAA